AUGACGACGCCUUGGAGUUAUUCAAGCAAGACGUUGGCCGCCCCAAGCGCGAGCUUGCUGCAGGUGGAGGUGAGCGGAGCCGCCGUGAGGUCUCGCGCUCUUAACCUCCUGCAGAAAGCACGCGCGGCAAACCCGAAGCAGACGCGGCUGAACUUCUUGGUGCUGGCUCUGCGCGGCAAGAAGGUUGGCUUCGAGAAGGUCAUCAGCAUGAUCGAUGCGAUGGUGAGUUCAUUGAAGAAAGAGCAGGCGGACGACUCCGAGAAGAAGGAGUACUGCGAUAUGACGAUCGACUCCACGGAGGACAAGAUUAAGGAGCUCGGGCACGCCGCAUCGGACACCGAGACGGCGAUCGCCAGUGCGGAGGAGAAGAUCGCGGCACUCACAGUCGAGAUCACGGAGGCCGAGAAGAGCAUCAGCGCACUCGAUGCGUCUGUGAGCGCGGCGACCGACAUGCGCAAGGCCGAGAACGAGGACUACAAGGCGCUGGUGCAGGCCGACUCUGCCGCGAAGGAGCUCCUGCUGUUCGCGAAGAACCGGCUAAACAAGUUCUAUAACCCCAAGCUCUAUAAUCCUCCUGCCAAGAAGGAGUUGUCGGAGAUGGGCUCCAUCGAGAGGGACAUGUCGUUCGUGCAGGUCUCAGAGCACGUCCACCGCAGGAGCGGUGUGGAGCCGCCGCCAGAGACGUGGGGGGCGUACGCCAAGCAAUCGGAGGAGGGAACCGGUGUGAUCGCCAUGAUAGAUCUGCUGGUGAAGGACCUCGACACCGAGCUCACGGAGGCCGCGACGGAGGAAAAGAACGCGCAGGAGGAGUACGACAAGAUGGUCGCCGACGCAAAGGCCGAUCGCGUGGGUCUGUCGAAGUCGGUCAAGGACAGGAGCGCGGCGAAGGCAGACGCCAUGGCCGACCUGGGCGAGCUGACGGCCGCCAAGAAGGCCACCGCGGCCGAGCAGAUGGCGACCGAGAAGACCCUGGGCAACCUCCACGCCGAGUGCGACUGGUUGGUGAAGUACUACUCGGUGCGGGAGUCGGCACGCACGGGGGAGAUCGAGGCGCUGGUAAACGCGAAGGCGGUGCUGAGCGGGGCGAGCUACGAGUAG